UUGCGCAUGUUUCAAGAAAAAUGAAUCAACGAUACGUGUAAUUUUCUCAUUCCUCCGCGGAAAAACCGUGAAAAUCGCAAAAAGUACAGUGAAAAAAACUCCAUCCUACCCAGAAUUCUGUCCAGGAAGCACCAGUGACAACUUUCAGUGUGAAAUUGUGCCGGAAAAUGCUGAGAAAGCGAUAGAAACCCUACAAAUCAGUCAACAUAACCUCAAAAAUUGAUUAUUUUUAAUAAAGGGGAUUUUUUUCUUCUGGGAAAAUGCGACUUUUUGCCAUAUUUUGGCUAUUUUUAGUGACCACAGCGGGUCAGGGAAAUGCGUUGCAGAGUCACGCCAUCACGACAUUCAUUAAUGCCAAGUGGAACGUCACGCCGUUUGCGUUGGAAGUAUCGGAAUACCUGGCAGAUGAGAAUUCCAAUCUCUUCUGGACAUUUGUUGAUGCCAUCAAUGAUUUGGACUUGGAAGCAGCACAAGCAGAUGCUUCCCGGAGCUACAAACAAACGUUGAAGGUGGCGGAGGGGCUGCUGAGUGCCCCUCAGGUGAGCCUCCUUAAGCUCUCACUCUCCCUCCACAGCCUCUCGCCACGUAUUGAGGCUCAUCAGCAAAUUGCGCAGGAACAACUCGAGGAGGGUGAUUGUCAGGCGGCUACGUUUGUCGUGGUGGGUGGAAAAGUUGCCUGUUCCGUUCCGGAUGUGACGAAACUCCUCAAAGAAGGUGCCCCAAAGGCUCCGGAACUCUUUCAAUUCGAUCACAUCUAUCCGGGAUCGGAAAUAAGUGAAAACACCGCAAUUCUCUAUGGGACAAUUGGAACACGGGACUUCCGGAAGUUCCAUGAUUUGCUAAAAGGACGUGCCAGCUCGGGGGAUGUGAAGUACGUCCUGAGGCACUACGUAAGAGCGAGAUCGAAGAAGAAAGUUCGCCUUUCGGGCUAUGGGGUGGAGCUGCAUCUCAAAUCGACGGAAUAUAAGAGUCAGGACGAUUCCCCGCGUGCUCCGGGAGAAAAUAUAGCUGAUCAGGUGGAUACGGGUGAGACAGAAGUCAAUGGAUUUGACUUUAAAGUCCUCAAAUCGCGCUAUCCGGAACUCUCGCAAUCCCUCGAAGCUUUCCGGCUGCGUCUGCUGGAGAAAUCUCACGAAAUUGCUCCGCUAAAGGCGUGGGAAUUCCAGGAAUUGGGUCUCCAGGCUGCCCAUCAGAUUGCCUCAACGCAGAGUGACGAAGCUCUGCACAUUCUGCAGUAUACAGCACAGAACUUCCCCGUUCAGGCUAAAUCUCUCAUCCACACGACUGUUGAUGAGAGUUUCAAGAAGGAAAUGAAGCACAACAUCGACGUGCUGGGCAGGAACCUCAAUCUUCAGCCCCCGGAUGCAGCUCUCUUCGUAAAUGGACUCUUCUUCGAUGCUGAAACGCUGGAUAUGGAGAAUCUCCUUGAAACCCUUCGCAGUGAGAUGCGUUCCCUCGAUGGGCUUCAUUCAGUUGGCGUUAGAGGUGCUACGGCCAAGUCUCUGAUUGCUCUGGAUCUCCAAUCAUCCGCCAAGGAGUUUGCCAUUGACUUCAGGGAUUCCUCAAUAAUCUGGAUUAAUGACAUUGAACACGAUUCAGCGUACCGAAGAUGGUCAUCGAGUGUGAUGGAACUCCUACGUCCUACUUUCCCAGGAAUGUUGCGCAAUAUCCGGAAGAAUCUCUUCAAUCUGGUCCUCGUUGUGGAUCCCAUAACACCCAAAGCUCGUGGUCUGGUUAAGCUUGCUGAGAGUUUUGUUCUGCAUUCAGCUCCAGUUCGUCUGGGACUCGUUCUGGACUUCCAAAAUGCUCAAAACAACGCUGCCUACGAUGCAAUUCUACGUGCAUUUAACUACGUAACGCAGAAGAAGAGUCCUAGGGAUGCUCUAAGUUUCCUCACGGAUAUCUAUGCGACUGUAAAGGGAGACAGUGAUGUAACAGUUGAGGAUAUUAAGGGGCAGCUGAAGAAAACAAAUUCAGGAUUGUCAACUGAGCAGAUUCGGGAUAUUCUCGAUGAAGACUCCGACUACGACUACGGGAAGCAGCUUUCGAUGGAAUUUGUUCAAAGACUGGGUUCUGCAGCCUCACCUAGUGCCCUCGUGAAUGGUGUUCCACUGCCCAGUAAUUCCCUGACAACAGAUGACUUUGAAGAACUCGUUCUGACGGAGAUUAUGUCACAAACGCCUACACUUCAGAAGGCCGUCUACAAAGGGGAGCUAUCGGACAGUGAUGACGUUGUAGACUACCUAAUGGGACUCCCGCACGUCAUGCCACGUCUCAAUGCAAAGAUUCUCACCACUGAGGAUGUCCAGUACCUCGAUGUGAGUGGAAAACCACAUAAAGAUCUCGAAAAUAUCAAAGCAAUGGCUCAGUUGUCAAACAGCGACAUGACUGCUACGCUCCUUGACAAUGUUAAGUACUUCUCCCCAAAGAACUCCUUCACAAAACUCCACGACAAUGAAGUUCACUUCAUCACGCUGAUUGUUAUUGGAGAUCUCACAACGGAAGACGGGUUGGAGCUGUUUAGGAAUGCUGUGGACUUUGUCAAAACCACCAAAAGCGUUCGGCUUACUUUCGUUCCAAAUACGGAAGCUUCGUCAAAACCUGCAAGGGAGAAUUUGAAUAAUCUCGUCUGGGCAGCUAGUCAUACAAUGCCGCCAACUGAUGCGCUUAACUUUGUCAGUAAACUCCUCAAUGAGGCUGAUGUCAAAAAGUUGGAGCUUCCACGCUCAACAAAAGAUCUCCUUUCGUCCACAACACUUCACCUGAAGAUGCUUCGUGUGUACUGUCAGAGAGUUUUGUCGUUGAAAAAGUCUGAGAAUGGUGUGAUUAUGAAUGGGAGGAUUCUAGCUCCACUAACAAAGCCUGAUAUCUUCACGACUGAUGAUUUUAGCUUGUUGGAACGGUUCAGUUACCUGCAGUACGGAGAGAAGAUCAGGAAAACCCUGAAGGAGUCUCUGAGUGAGGAGACUGUGCUUACAAGCGAUAUGAUUGUAAAACUGGUAUCAAUUCUCGUUCCACGAACUUCCACAAAGAGUCGCUACACGAUGCCAACGGAAUUGAAGGAAGACCACACAGUGGUUAAUUUGGAGCCUAAAUCGGGAAAGGGGCCUUACUUUGAUAUUGUUGGAGUAUUGGAUCCCGCUUCAAAGGGUGCUCAGAAGUUAGCUCCUAUCCUCAUUCUCCUUCGGAAUGUCCUCAAUUGUCACAUGAAGGUGUACUUGUGUGCUGUUGAUAAGCACAGUGAUAUGCCUGUUAAGAAUUUCUACAGGUACGUCGUUGAACCGGAGAUUCAAUUUACGCCUGAUGGAAAGUCCUCAAGGGGACCUAUUGCCAAAUUCACAGGCUUGCCCGUUAAUUCCCUCCUAACGCAGAAUCUGCAAGUUCCGGAAAAUUGGCUCGUUGAGGUGGUUAACUCGGUCUAUGAUCUCGAUAAUAUUAAGCUUGCUGAUAUUAAUGGGCCCGUUCACAGUGAGUACGAACUGGAGUACCUCCUACUUGAGGGGCACUGCUUUGACUCAAUGUCCGGAGCACCACCGCGUGGUCUUCAGUUCACUUUGGGUACAAAUAGGCAACCAAUAAUCGUUGAUACGAUUGUUAUGGCCAAUUUGGGGUACUUCCAGCUCAAAGCAACGCCCGGAGCGUGGAAUUUGCGCCUGAGGCAUGGGAAGAGCGCAGACAUUUAUGACGUAACAAGUGCCGAUGGGCCAAAUACGGUGCACAGUAAGGAUAAUACGAGAGUCAUUAUAAGUUCUCUGAAAUCGCACGUGCUCAAGGUGAAGGUCACAAAGAAACCCGAUAAGCAGGAUGCAGACCUCCUAGGGGAUGAUGUUGACACUCAAUCGGGGAUUUGGGAUUCAAUUACGAGCUCCUUCGGUGGUGGCGGAGACUCUCAAGAUUCCGAAGUCAUCAACAUCUUCUCCGUGGCCUCGGGGCAUCUGUACGAACGACUCCUGCGCAUAAUGAUGGUGUCAACGAUGAAGCAUACAAAGUCUCCAGUUAAAUUCUGGUUCCUCAAGAACUACCUCUCACCCCAAUUUAUCGAUUCCCUGCCGCACAUGGCGAAGGAAUACAACGUUCAGUACGAACUGGUGCAGUACAAAUGGCCACGAUGGCUUCAUCAGCAAACGGAGAAGCAGAGAAUUAUUUGGGGCUAUAAAAUUCUCUUUUUAGACGUCCUCUUCCCACUUGACGUCAAGAAGAUUAUCUUCGUUGAUGCUGAUGCGAUUGUCCGUGCAGACAUCAAGGAAUUGCACACAAUGGACCUCAAUGGUGCCCCGUACGCCUACACGCCCUUCUGUGAUUCACGCCGCGAAAUGGAGGGUUUCCGUUUCUGGAAGCAGGGCUACUGGCGGAAUCAUCUUCAGGGCAGGAAGUACCACAUUUCCGCCCUGUACGUUGUGGAUCUCAAGCGUUUCCGCAAAAUUGCCGCCGGAGAUCGACUGCGUGGCCAAUACCAGGCACUCAGUCAAGACCCGAAUAGUCUGUCGAACUUGGAUCAAGAUCUCCCCAACAACAUGAUCCACCAGGUGGCCAUUAAGAGUCUCCCGCAGGAAUGGCUGUGGUGUGAGACGUGGUGCAGCGACGAAGGUCUCCGCCCAGCCAAAGUGAUUGAUUUGUGCAACAAUCCCCAAACGAAGGAGGCAAAACUCACAGCAGCUCAGCGAAUUGUCCCCGAGUGGACGAGCUACGACAUGGAGAUCAAGAAUCUCCUCAAUAGGGCCGAUGCGGAGCUCCAUGGGGAGAUUGUGGACAAGCCACCACCUUCUGCACCAUCUGCAGCAGUACCGGAAGAGAAGGAUGAGCUUUAAGAACGGAAGACGUGUGUGUGAAAGACUUACCAUCAUUCCUUAAAAAGUUUGUGUGCAAAAUAAACAAAAAUUCCGAUUUCUGCUGUGCUUCAACCACUACAAAAAUUAAAUGCUGUUGCUGUUUGAACUUUAAACUCCUCCCCAGGUGGGCUGCCGAAAAUGACCUUAGAACAAUUUUUGAUUUUGUAAAAGCGGUUCUCUCGGGAUGAUUGAAUUGUAAAAUAAAAAAAAAUUCGGCUAGGAAGAAAA